UUUUGUCUCAGCGGCUUGGUUUGGGGAAGGGAGGACUGCGAAUGGCUCCUGAGGAAGCUCUACAUGAAAUACUUCAGGUUCCAUUGGGCUGCGUUACUCCUUUUGCAUUAAUCAAUGACUCAGCACGAAAUGUUUCCCUAUUGCUGGAUCAAGGAUUCAAAGCUCAGAAGUUUUGCUUCUUCCACCCACUUACAAAUGAUGUGACCAUCUCUCUAUCAGCUAGUGACCUUGACAAAUUUUUAAUUUCAAUUGGAAGAAGUCCCUCAUAUGUGGACGUGGAGGCUAAUCCCUCAGUGGGAAAGGAUCAACCUCCUGAUUUAGCUGCUCUUGUUCCAUCCGACACAAUAGUUUUGUCAGACUCCCUUGCAAAAGAAGAUGCUGUUCAUUAUCCUUCUACAAAGCAUGCUCCAGUGGACCAUAAGACACUGACAGGCACAGAAGCUUUUAAACAGUCCAAUCAUGCACCAAGUGUUAAAGUUAAGCCCCAAGGUGCUGCUAAUUCCUUAAGCUCGAAUUCAAGUGUGAGUAAAUUUGUGGAAGAAAUCUUGGAUAAAAUGUCCACUGUAGUGCUCUCAGAGGUGCAUGGCAAGAUCGGCAAAGAGACUGUCCAACAAGACAAAGAGCAGCUGGGACCAGUCAUAUCAGACAAAGUCAGAGAACGUUUGAGAUUGGACUUGGAGAGCCUUACAAUGAUGUUCAAAAACACAGUGUACACACAAGGGCUUGUUGCUGGUUCCCAGACUGAGCGUGUGCAUAAAUGUAAAUGAAAUCCCUACUGCCUUCACUUGAUCAGGAAAAUGGUGGCUGGAUAAGCAUUUCAUUUCUGUCCAAUCUUCUGCCUCAAAGGCUAUUAUUGUCUGAAAUUGAUUUUAUAUUCAUACUUUACUAUGUUUGAGAUCUCUGUCCCCAUUUCUCCUACCUUAUUUACUACCUGGACUACUAGAUUCAGUUUUGUACAAACAAUAUGUUUGGAAAUGCAGAAAAAUUAGGGAGCCCAAAUGGUGUUUUGGGAUGUAUGUUGACCUUGAUUGAGCAGACUUGUGCUGAAGGCACCAAAAUUGUGGUUCCUAUUUUGCUGAUGACCAAAUGAAUUCCACACCCCCAAAUCAAGUUUGGCCAGUGAUGUUGGGAUUUAAACUA